AUGGUCGACAGAGCACACAAGCCCUCAGCACUCUCGCCCAGCACCACGGGCCCCCAGCCUAGGGUCAACUCGGAUGGCAAGAAGGUCACAGCCAGCCUGCCCAGCGGCGACUCAGUCGAGGUGAUGCUGUACGGCGCCACGGUCAUCUCAUGGAAGAACAACGGCAAGGAGAACAUGUGGUUGAGUUCCAACGCCAACCUCGAAGGCAAGAAGGCCAUCAGAGGCGGUGUCCCUGUCGUCUUCCCCAACUUCGGGCCUGCCCCCAAGAACCACGCCACAUCGAGCCUCCCUCAGCACGGCUUUGCACGCAUCUCCAGCUGGGAGUACCUUGGCACUACCUCGUCCGAGUCCGGCAACCAGGGCAAGGGCAGUGACGACUCAAUCCGCCUUGACUUUGGCUUGACACCGAACAACCUCAGCGAUGACAUGAAGAAGGCAUGGCCCUACGACUUCAGCCUGCAGUACAGCGUUACUCUGUCCAAGGAUGGUCUGCAGACUAUGCUGAACGUCCGCAACGAAGGCGACAAGCCUUUCGAUUUCCAGACUCUCUUCCACACCUACUUUGCCGUUCCCGACAUCUCCAAGGUCAAGGUCACCGGCCUCUCAGGCAUCAGAUACAUUGACAAGAUCCUCAACGCUACUGAGCACGAUUCCAAGGGUAACGAACUCCGCUUCGAGGGCACCGUCGACCGCGUCUACAAGUCCUUCACCCAAGACACCACCUCCAUCCUCGUCGACGACAAGCCCCGCCUCGAUGUCAUCAGAGACAACAUGCAGGACACUGUUAUUUGGAACCCUUGGAAGGAGGGCGCCGAGGCCAUUGCCGACUUCGAGCCCAAGGACGGCUACAAGAACAUGGUCUGUGUCGAGGCAGGUGCUGUCAACGGCUGGAUCACCCUUGAAGCUCAAGAUGGCUUCGAGGCUGGCCAGAUCCUCAAGAGCUACCUGUAAACGAAAAGUACGCAUCGGGCACUUUAUUCCGUCAGGAUACAAACGCGACAUGAUAGUGAUGAAGGAGGAUGGCACGUUUCAGCGGCACGCAUGCAUAGUAGAUUGGCUCUAGUCCAUCUCGUUCUAGUAUAGACAUAAUCAAAAUCUAAAGUCAUCAAC